AUGUCUUACACUGAUUUCAAAUCUGUUGAAACCAUCAAAUCGUUGAAUGAUUUCUUGAAGGACAAGUCUUACGUUGACAACGGUGCUGAAGCUACCCAAGCUGAUGUAUCCGCAUACAAGGCAUUCCAAAAAGAAUACCCAAACUUCACCAGAUGGUUCAACCACAUUGCUUCAUUCACUGAAGAAUUCGAAACCUUGCCAGCUGGUAAAGGGUCAGCUGCUACUUCUUCUGGUGCUGGUGCUGGUGCCGCUGCUGAAGAAGACGACGAUGACGUUGACUUGUUCGGAUCUGAUGAUGAUGAAGUUGAUGAAGAAGCUGAAAAAUUGAAGCAACAAAGAUUAGCUGAAUACGCUGCUAAGAAGGCUGCUAAGGGUCCAAAACCAGCUGCCAAGUCCAUUGUCACUUUGGAUGUUAAGCCAUGGGACGACGAAACCAACUUGGACGAAUUGUUGGAAAACGUUAAGAAGAUUGAAAUCGAAGGUUUGACUUGGGGUGCUCACCAGUGGAUUCCAGUUGGUUUCGGUAUCAAGAAAUUGCAAAUCAACUUGGUCGUUGAAGACGCAUUGGUUUCAUUAGAUGACUUGCAAGCUGCUGUUGAAGAAGACGAAGAUCACGUUCAAUCUACUGAUAUUGCUGCUAUGCAAAAAUUGUAA